AUGUCGUCCUCGUCCGAAACAUCUCCUCUGCUCGAAAGAUCCAGCAGCCCUGAGAUUGAUCACCUACCAGCUCCCAAUGGUGUCGACGUUGUUGAGGAAGACCGUGUUCCUAUCUUUCUCCGAGCAGCACAUUCUCCAUGGCCAUUUUUGAAGCAGAAUGUGCUUUGCUACGUUCGAGGGCUGCUUGUAUUCUUGCUCACAGGAGCAAGUGGCAUAGCCUUGUAUCACAAACUUCACAAUCGCACUCAUCACAAAGACGAGCAGAAUGAGUACAGUCAUUCGCUUCUGCAAAGUCUUUUUCAGUUCUCCAGCAUCACUUUCUUCAUGGUGGCUGUGUAUCAGUACAUGGUCUUUGGCUGGACGUUUAUGCACUUUCACUACCCCAACGGUGGCGAGGGCUACUCCGGUAUCAAGGCCACGCUUUUGAACGCUGCAGCACCCCCGGAACAACGAUUAACCUCCCCCAAACGCACGAUCUUCAGUCUUUUCUAUGCCAUCUCGCAUGUUGCUGCUUUCAUGAACACAUUCAUAUACGUGACUGUUUUGGCACCAUCUGGUCACGGCAUCGGGCAAAAGGAGAAGCAUUCUGAGGGCUUCUCCCCUGGUGAUAAAGAUAAGCCAGGCAACGGAAACAAUGGCAAUAAUGGCAAUAAAGAUGAUGGCCACAGGAUCAUUGCGAUCGACGAAAACCUCCUCAGGAAUCUUGCCUUGGCUUCCCUGUUCAUUCUUCCUUCGCUGAUUGCCUUGAUUGAGAUUCUCUUCCUCAACAGCGUCAAACCACAAAUCCCACUCUCGAUCCAUAUCCAGGCCGUCAACCUGUUCGCGAUGGUUUACCUCGUUUGGGCAUACAUCGGAAUGUCUAUCACCGGUCACGAUCCUUUCUUAGUCUUCGACCCACCGAGGCUGGCAUCCAACACUGUGUUGGCGGUCUCUAGCUUUGCUGGCCUUGCUUCUGGCAUGUUCUCGGUCAUGCAUGCUCUUAUCAGCUUCCGCGAGGCAAUAAUCAAGAAGCUUCGAUACUAG